AUGCAGGCCUGUGACCGUUGCCAUUCCCGCAAGACACGAUGCGACCGUCGCUUCCCACAAUGCGGCUCCUGUGAGAAGGCCGGAGCUGCCUGUGUCCAUGCAGACAAGCUACGGCAGCGCAACCCCCCUCGCGGUUAUAUUGACAGCUUGGAGACCUUGGUAAAAACCUUGAGGGCUGAGAACAAGGACCUCGAACACAGCCUGGCCCAGUCACAGGCGGAGCUCCAUGUCCGCGACAACCUCGCGUUGGACCAAGUGUCUGGAGAGCCGGCUGCCAGCCCCUCCACCAGUUCUUGUUCCCAGCCCGCUCCUAUCAUCAGACCCAGCACGGGUCUGGAGGCCGCUUCUGAGACAAGAUUUGGCCACAAUCCCAUCGCUGUUGAGGUCGGCUAUUUGUCGCUUGUCGCCACGGGAGAGACGAGAUAUCUGGGUUCUAGCAGCGGACUUGGUCUCGCCAAUAUCAUCAAUACUGUCAUCAGUUCACAGGGCGGAAUGGACUUUGGACCUAUGGGAAAGGAACCGUCGCCCCCUCAGGGCCUACGGAAGAAGACGUUCCCCGUCUCAACGUCAGACGCCGCCUUUCCACAGCUGGCAACUGCCAUGCCCUUUAUCGACGCUUACUUCCAACACACACACGUUGCGUUCCCGCUUCUGCACCGGCCGAUCUUUUUAAAGAGCGUCAAGAGGAUAUACGAGGAGCCCGGAUACUAUGAACAAAAGACUUUCAACGCCUUCGUUUUCGACAUGGUACUCGCCAUCGGUAGUUCUUCCUCUAACCGCUUCUACGAUUCCUCCGUGAGCUCGUCAACAUAUUUUGCCAUGGCACAGUCCAAGGUCGCGACAGUCGUUAGCGUUCCAGGGCUCCAGGCACUAAAGGCCAUCUUGUUGGUAUCGCAACACGGCAUCUUCAGCAAUCUGCGGGACACUGCAGCAAGCAUGUGGCAUCUGGUGGGCAUCGCGACUCGCAUGUGCUUCGAGCUGGGAAUACACCUGGAGCGCAAUAAGCCUGGAACAUCAUCGCCUGGUCGUAGGAUUGUCACUUACGAAGACGAGAUGGCUAAGAGGUGCUUUUGGUGUCUGUAUAAUCUAGAUAGGGUCGUCAGCUUUACGCUAGGUCGACCUGUCGCCAUAAGAGAUGAUGAGAUUGACGUCUCCUUACCCUCUCAUCUUGACGAUGAUUGUUUCUGGCCAGACAAACCCUUCGAGCUGGUCAGCCCACGGGAUGAUGGGCUGUCCCCAUUCCUGCAUAUUAUUCGGAUCAGGCGCAUUUCCGGGGAGAUACUCGGGACCUUCUACAACUCGAGGCGUCAAUUGGACAUUCCCCUCAAGCAAAAGCUCGGCAUGAGACGCAAAUUUCGUGACCAGAUUAAUGCAUGGAUGGCCGACACGUCGAAGCUCAACCUGAUACCGAUUUCUGGCGGGUCUGAACCCGUGUCGAGCUUUUUAACCCAGGAAUGGUAUUACGCGAGCAAGCUACAUCAGAGCAGGAGACUAAACUAUUCAUGGAUCACACUUCACGGCAUCUUUAUUGCUGGCCUGGCUUACGUAUACAGUCUCAGUGGCGUGGUUCGCGAUCCCAAGAUGCACCAUGCACUCCCAGACGUCCUGAGCAUCAUCGAGGUCUGCCGACGGUGCUCCAACGUCCUCGUUGCCAUAUGCGAGCGGUGGGAUGCUUCGCGCCGGUCGUGCGAGAUAUUCGACAAGGUCAGCACAGCCGUCAUCCGGGACGUCUUGAACCUCGGGUCCAAGGGUGAUUGGCGCCAGCAGCAGCAACAACAGCCGUUAUCCUCCGCGCCACGUGAAGCCCCCUCUCAGCACUCUGCCGGACAGGCCCCGAACCGAGCUCGACAGACUGGGGUAGGGCGAGAACAGAGUAUCCAGACCCCACCCCAGGAGGAUCAAGCUAGUCGGCGCUUGGUAACGUCAAUGACUCAGGUGGAGGAGACCCUUGCCAUGGAUGCUUCAAUCACGUUCCCUGACGUGCUGGAUUUUCCAAGUGAAAGCGAGCAGCUUUUCUGCGGGGAAGCUCUGGCUGGGUUUCCGGAGACCUGGCCGUUUGACUUUCCAUUUGGCACUGAUGGGGCUCUGGAUAGUUCACGAGGGGAUAGGGAUAGGGAGGAUUGGUUUGGGAUAUGA